AUGCCACUGGCAUUAUACGUGAACAAACAUGGAAUAGUAUAUGUGACUGACUCCGCGAAUCACCGUAUUGUGGCUUGGGCACCUGGAAGUACGUCUGGUGUACUCGUUGCGGGGGGGAAUGGGCAAGGGAAUGCAUUGAACCAACUAAAUCGUCCAUCGGAUGCGAUUCUUGAUCCAGCUACUGACCAUCUGCUUGUAUGUGAUCGUGACAAUACAAGAGUGGUACGUUGGCCACCUGACAAUGGCAUUCGUGGAGAACUCAUUCUCUCCAAUAUCCAAUGUUUCGCUUUGACAAUGGAUGAUCGUGGAUUUCUCUAUGUUAGUGUCACAGACAAGCAUGAAGUUCGACGCUUCAAAGCAGGUGAAUUCCAAGGAACAGUUGUUUCUGGUGGGAAUGGCAAAGGUGAUCGUCUCGAUCAACUGAACUUUCCAACAUAUCUAUUCGUCGAUCGUCAUCAUUCUUUGUACGUAUCGGACUCCGAGAAUCAUCGUAUAGUAAAGUGGGUAGAAGGCGCGAAAGAAGGGAAAGUGGUAGCUGGCGGUAAUGGUCCAGGUAACCACGUCAAACAGCUGUUCGGUGCGUUUGGACUACUCGUGGAUCCGAUGGGUACUGUUUAUGUAGCAGAUUCUGGGAAUAAUCGUAUCAUGCGUUGGCCACGAGGAUGCACUGAAGGCAGCGUGGUCAUCGGUGAAAGUGGACAAGGAGCCGGUUCUUAUCAGCUCAGUAAUCCCAUUGGUUUAUCUUUCGGCGAAGAAGGUCACCUGUACGUUGCUGACACGGGAAACCAUCGUGUACAAAAAUACAUUUAUUCAACGACAACUCUACGCGGUACCGAAAUCCCACUUUUACCAACAGCUCAGUGGUCCACAACUGCUACUACAGUUGCAGGUGGAAUCGGCGCCGGUGAUCGCUUGGAUCAACUGAACAGUCCCCUUGGCUUAUGCAUAAAUGAAAAUGGAAUAGUAUACGUGGCUGAUUUCCAGAAUCACCGUGCUGUGGCUUGGAAACCUGGCAGCAGAUCUGGUGAAGUAGUUGCGGGUGGAAAUGGAGAGGGAAAUGCAUUGAAUCAACUUAAUCAUCCAUCAGAUGUGAUCCUUGAUCGAGCAACUGACCAUUUACUUGUAUGUGAUCUUCAGAAUAAACGAGUGGUACGUUGGCCACGUGACAAUGGUAUUCGUGGAAGAGUCGUUCUUUCUGAUAUCGAUUGUUAUGGUUUGACAAUGGAUGAUCGUGGAUUUCUCUAUGUUAGUGUCACAGACAAGCAUGAAAUUCGACGCUUCAAAGUAGGGCAAUCGGUAGGAACGGUUGUUGCUGGUGGGAAUGGUAAAGGUGAUCGUCUCGACCAACUGAACUUUCCAACAUAUCUAUUUGUCGAUCAUCAUCAUUCUUUGUACGUGUCGGACUCCAAGAAUCAUCGUAUAGUAAAGUGGGUAGAAAGCGCCAAAGAAGGGAAAGUGGUAGCUGGUGGUUAUGGCCGAGGCAAUCACGUCAAACAACUGUUCGAUCCGACGGGAGUACUUGUGGAUACGAUGGGUACUGUUUAUGUAGCAGAUUCUGGUAAUCAUCGUAUCAUGCGUUGGCCACAAGGACGUGCUGAAGGCAGCGUGGUCGUCGGUGAAAGUGCACAAGGAGUCGGAUCUAAUCAGCACCAACAACCUGUUGGUUUAUCUUUCGGUCGAGAAGGUCAUCUCUACGUUGCUGAUACGGGAAACCAUCGUGUUCAAAAAUACAUUUACUCAAUGAUACCUCUACGCGGUACCGACAUGCCACUUUUACCAUCAGCUCAGUGGUCCAGAAAUGCUACUACGGUUGCUGGUGGAAACGGCGAAGGUGAUCAGUUGCAUCAAUUAAACUUGCCUGCUCACUUAUAUGUCGAUGAAAACGAAAUAUUAUAUGUGGCUGACUUCCUGAAUCACCGUGUUGUAGCUUGGGCACCUGGAGCUACUUCUAGUAAACUAGUUGCAGGAGGAAAUGGACGAGGGGAUGCAUUAAAUCAAUUAGAUACUCCCAUGGAUGUGAUCCUUGAUCGAGCAACUGACCAUUUACUUAUAUGUGAUCGUCAGAAUAUAAGAGUGGUAGGUUGGCCACGUGACAGUGGCAUUCGUGGAGAACUCAUUCUGUCGAAUAUCAGAUGCUCUAGCUUGACAAUGGAUGAUCGCAGAUUUCUCUAUGUUAGUCUCAUCGACAGCAAUGAAGUUCGACGUUUCAAAGUAGGGGAAUCGGAAGGAACGGUUGUUGCUGGUGGGAAUGGCAGAGGUGAACGUCUCGAUCAACUGGACUUUCCAACAUGUCUGUUCGUCGAUCGUGAUCAUUCUUUGUACGUGUCGGACUUCAACAAUCAUCGGGUGGUAAAGUGGGUAGAAGGCGACAAAGAAGGCAAAGUGGUAGCUGGUGGUAAUGGCCAAGGCAAUCACGUCAAAAAACUCUUCGGUCCGAUUGGACUACUCGUGGAUUGGAUCGGUACUGUUUAUGUAGCAGAUUCUGGUAAUAAUCGUAUCAUGCGUUGGCCGCAAGGAUGCACUGAAGGCACCGUGGUCGUAGGCGAAAGUGCACCAGGACACGGUUCUAGUGAACUGAAGAACCCUUAUGGUUUAUCUUUCGGUGAAGGAGGUCACCUGUACGUAGGUGAUAUGGAAAACCAUCGUGUACAAAAAUACAUUUAUUCAGUGACACCUGUACGGGGUACCGACACUCCACUUUUAUCAACAGCUCAGUGGUCCACAAAUGCUACUACGGUUGCUGGUGGAAACGGCAUCGGUGGUCGUUUGGAUCAACUGAAUCGACCCUCUGGCUUAUACCUGAAUGAAUAUGGAAUAUUAUAUGUGGCUGAGUCCGCCAAUCACCGUGUUGUGGCUUGGACAUCUGGAAGUACGUCUGGUGAAGUAGUUGCGGGUGGAAAUGGAGAGGGAAAUGCAUUGAAUCAAUUAAAUCGUCCAUCGGAUGUGAUCCUUGAUCGAGCAACUGACCAUUUACUUGUAUGUGAUCGUCAGAAUAAUAGAGUCGUACGUUGGCCACAUCAUAAUGGCACUCGUGGAGAAGUCGUUCUCUUUGAUAUCGCAUGUUUCGGUUUGACAAUGGAUGAUCGUGGAUUUCUCUAUGUUGGUGUCGGAGAGAAGAAUGAAGUUCGACGCUUAAAAUUAGGGCAAUCGGAAGGAACGGUUGUUGCUGGUGGGAAUGCCAGAGGUGAUCGUUUCGAUCAAUUGAACUUUCCAACAUAUCUAUUCGUCGAUCGUGAUCAUUCUUUGUACGUGUCGGACUCCCAGAAUGAUCGUAUAGUAAAGUGGGUAGAAGGCGCAAAAGCAGGAAAAGUGGUAGCUGGUGGUAAUGGUCCAGGCAAUGACGUCAAGCAACUGUCCAAUCCAAUGGGAGUACUCGUGGAUACAGUGGGUACUGUUUAUGUAGCAGAUUCUGGCAAUAAUCGUAUCAUGCGUUGGCCGCAAGAACGUACUGAAGGCAGUGUGCUCGUCGGCCAAAGUGGAGAAGGACACGGUUCUACUCAGUUAAAUAAACCUGCUGGUUUAUCUUUCGACGGAGAAGGUCACCUGUACACUGUUGAUUGGGAAAACGGUCGUGUACUAAAAUACAUUUAUUCACGUAGGUUGUUUUUUUCUCCUUUAACAUUUUCCACUACUAUUGGUUCUUUGCUAUCUGUCUGUAGUAACAACUUGUCAUAUCGCUAA